AUGACAAUAAAUGAAGGAAUCAGUUGGAAAGAAUGCUUUCUGGGUGAACGAAUGAGACGAUGGGGUCUUUGGUUUAUUGUCACCUUUCUGGCUGUGAUGACUAUUCGAGAUAUUACUCUGCUGGUGAUAGAAUAUAUGGAAUAUCCGAAACAAUCAAAUAUGAAUAUAAUGUUUAAUGAAUCAAUGAAUAUGCCUAAUAUUACAUUUUGUAUGGCAAAACAACAAGCUUGGAGUCAUCUUCCUCUUAAUAAUUCAGAAUUGGCUGAUGAAUGGGAUAGAAGAAUACAGACAGAACUCGAAAAAUUAAAUUCUCGAGAAAAAUUUCUCGAAGAAGCCUGGGAUUAUCGGUUAGUUCUUGAAGCAUAUGAAGUAAUUGCAACACUAAAUAGUAUGGAACGAGAGACAACAGCGCAAGGAUCUGCUCGAUCUAUUAAUUUCUUUAGCACUCAUCCAAAACUUCAAGCUAAACGAACGAUGAUUAAGACAUGGUUAAAUGAAAUUAAGCAACGUGGUGUAACAUUCGAAGAAUUAACACAAAAAGUUGGUUCAGAAACUAUAAAAUAUUCACUACGACGAUUUCAACGAACAACAUUUAAUGAAAGUCUUAAAAUUAAGACCAAAUUUCGAACUUCAUGGAUUUCAACAAUGCAAUUCUGCUUUCAACCAUGGUUUGAUAGAGAUAAUUAUUUCGAAAUAAAAGAUCAGGGAAAUUUCUUUACAAUGCUAUUAUCACACAAUACUGAUAACUUGGAAAACUUUAAUAUUGCUUGUAUGUCUGUUGAUUUUCAUGGACGACCUAGUUCACUUUCACGUUUUAUGGAAGGUCAAGGUCGUGCACGAGAUGGAUUUAAUGAUGAUUUAUGUCUUGGUAUUCGACAUGAAGUGACAGUUGAUGUACGAGCAAGGUAUGUAAUGCUUGAAAAUGAUGAGAAUGGUACAGCAUGUCGUAAUGUUAAAGAAAAAGAAGAAAGUGAAUUUGAUUGUCGAUCAAGAUGUCGCAUGGAAAUGAUCAGGGAUAUAUGCAAAUGCACACCAGCAACUUUAAGUUAUCUUACAAGAAAUGAAAAUGAAUACAACAAAUUUCCAAUCUGUAAUUAUGAAAAAUGCGAAAUCGAUGUUAAGAAUAUUACAUAUUCGGAUCAGCAAUGCACCCGAAAGUGUUAUCGCUCUUGUGAUCAAAUUACCUAUGAAGUGAGUCAUGUACAACAUGGUAAAAUGUUUCAUCGUGACUUCACGACAAUUAAUUUAAACUGGGGUUCAUUUGAAUAUCUCACUUUGAGUCAAUACUGGGUAUGGUCAAUGCCAACAUUCAUAGCAGCACUUGGUGGAUCCAUGGGAGCAUGGCUUGGACUUUCAAUUCUUAGUCUAAUACAGGGUGGCACUUAUCUAUACACUUUUUUAACUGCAACAAUCAAAAAGAAACGUUCACGACUGAAAAACUGGAAUUGA